UUGGCACAUUAUUGAAGUGAACAUAUUUGUACACCCUCGCCAGACCGAUAUUCGAGUGGAGAGCUCCGUCCGAAGUAGACCGUCGUAUAUUCAUAGCAUUGUACGACCGGCAAAAUAUCUAAGAAGCACAACAUCUGCCUUCACCAUGUCGCGCCCGGAGGACACUCUUCCCCCGGACCUCUUUUACAAUGACUCCGAAUCCCGUAAAUACACCACCAGCUCGCGCAUCCAAAAGAUCCAGUCCGACAUGACCCACCGCGCCCUCGAACUCCUCGACCUCAAAUCCCCUUCCCUCAUCCUAGACGUCGGCUGCGGCUCCGGCCUCUCUGGCGAAAUCCUCUCCGCCUCCGACGAGGAAGGCACACCGGGUGGACCGCACAUAUGGAUCGGCUUCGAUAUCUCGAGUAGUAUGCUGGGCGUCGCACUGGAGAAGGAAGUCGAAGGGGAUUUGUUCCUUGCCGAUGCGGGGCAGGGUGUUCCGUUCAGGGCAGGGACGUUCGAUGCGGCGAUAAGUAUCUCGGCGAUACAAUGGCUGUGUAAUGCGGAGUCAAGUGAGGAAUCGCCUGCGGGGCGUCUGUCAAGGUUCUUCAACGGGCUUUAUGCGAGUCUACGGCGUGGCGGAAGAGCUGUGUGCCAGUUCUAUCCAAAAAAUGAUGAGCAGAAGAAGAUGAUAUCGGCCGCGGCUGUGAAGGCUGGGUUUGGUGCGGGUCUGCUCGAAGACGACCCGGGAACGAAGAGCGCCAAAACGUAUUUGGUCCUCACGGUUGGUGGAGGCGAGUUGGACGGCGAUAUUACGGGUGUCGUGAAGGGCAUGGAGGGUGUGGAUGUUCUGGACCAGAGACGGAAAGUCAAAGAUCGGAGAAGACCGGAAGACAGGAAAGGCAGCAAGGCAUGGAUUAUAAAGAAGAAGGAGCAAAUGGAGAGGAAGGGCAAGGUUGUGAAGGCGACAUCCAAAUACACGGGGCGCAAGAGGAGGAUAGCAUUCUGAUUUUGCUCGACAUGCAUUGCUAAGGCGUUCGGCGCAAGAUUGGGUAUAAAUAGGAAUCUUUCAUGCAUGCUCCAACCUGCUAUAUACCAAUAGAAGUACACUUCAAUUCACAUCAACUCACUUACUGGUACACAAGACGCUAGACGUAUCCAAAACUCCGAAGGUCAACACACCUUUCAAGUUGAAUAACUCGUCAGC